UCCCAAUUGAUCAUAAAUCAUCACACAACAGCAAUCAAAAAACACUUAGUUUCUUUUUAUUAAAAAAAAUAAAAAAAUCAUGGCUGCUUCUACAAUGGCUCUUUCCUCCCCUACCUUUGCUGGAAAGGCAGUAAAACUCUCACCAUCUUCUUCUGAAAUUACUGGAAAUGGAAGAUUCACCAUGAGGAAGACUGCUGGCAAGGCUAAGCCUGUCUCUUCUGGUAGCCCAUGGUACGGUCCUGACCGUGUCAAGUACUUGGGCCCAUUCUCUGGUGAAUCCCCAAGCUAUUUGACUGGUGAAUUUCCUGGUGACUAUGGAUGGGAUACUGCUGGACUUUCAGCUGAUCCAGAAACUUUUGCCAAGAACCGUGAAUUGGAGGUAAUCCAUUGUAGAUGGGCCAUGCUUGGAGCUCUUGGAUGUGUCUUCCCUGAGCUUUUAGCCCGUAAUGGUGUUAAGUUUGGUGAAGCUGUAUGGUUCAAGGCUGGAUCACAAAUUUUCAGUGAGGGUGGACUUGACUACUUGGGAAACCCAAGUUUGGUCCAUGCACAAAGCAUUUUGGCUAUUUGGGCUUGUCAAGUUGUGUUGAUGGGAGCUGUUGAAGGUUACCGUAUUGCUGGUGGACCUCUUGGUGAGGUUGUUGACCCACUUUAUCCUGGUGGUAGCUUUGACCCAUUGGGCCUUGCUGAUGACCCAGAGGCUUUUGCUGAGCUCAAGGUGAAAGAAAUCAAGAACGGUAGACUUGCUAUGUUCUCCAUGUUUGGAUUCUUCGUCCAAGCUAUCGUCACCGGAAAGGGUCCAUUGGAGAACCUUGCCGAUCACCUUGCUGACCCAGUUAACAACAACGCAUGGGCCUUUGCCACAAACUUUGUUCCUGGAAAGUGAGCUUAACAAAAUGUUGAUCUCCAAUUAGUGUGAGAUUAUGAGCUUUUUAGGUUGUGAGAGAUGAAUCUAUACAAGGGCGUCAGUUUUUUAAAGCAUUCUGGGUUAUGGGUUCAGUACAAGAUUAUUGUAAUGUGGUGUAAAUUGGUUUGGAUUAAUUAAUGAAGAACAAGUUAAUCUUUUUCAUA